CAGCAGAGGAGUCAAGCCAAGGUCAACGAAUGAUGCGAAUCUUCUUCUGUCAAUUCUCGCAAGAAAUAUAUCGCCACCAACAAUACAUAUAGUGUUGUUGGACCGAUCGCCUUGAGAGAAGUGCGGAGCUUUCUGGUUUUGUUUCAUUGCAAAUUCUCAGAAGUAGAGGCAAAGAAGUCUGCAGGACACAGCAUCAGGGAAAUUUGUAUGAUAUUCGGAAGGGAGUUUUGUUAUCAAGGAGAGGCUGUUCAAUUUCUUCGAUUCUUUUACGUGCCAUGCUAUUUCUUUGGCUCUAGUUUCCGUUGAAGUUUUGCACCAAGGAAAUGUUGGUGAACUUCUUUGUCCUUUGGUUUCGCCGACCAGAAAUAUUUAUUACAAUAUAAGAAGUUUCAACUAGCAAGCAGUCUUGCAAAUGAAGCCUUUGGGGAGAGGCUUCACAAAACAACGCCAAAUUGGGUGUCAUUCAUCCUAAAUGAAUAUUGCGAAUCCUUCAAUGAGUAUUUGUCACAAAGAAACAAAAAAAGGCCCGAUGGCCAAACCAAUGGGCAACAAGAUUGCAAGGUUAUUAAGAUUAGUGGAAGAGAGAGCAUCAUCCAUGGAAGAGAAAAAGAAGCAAAAAGAGGCUCUAGUCCCCUACCUUCCUAAAGAUUGCAUCUCAAACAUUCUCGUUCGACUUCCGCUUGACUCUGUUCAAAGGUCAAGGUUUGUUUGUAAGCCAUGGCAUACCAUAAUUAAUAGCCCUGUAUUUGUUGAUGCCCAUCUACAUCGAUCUGAAACUGUUUUGAUCUUUCUAUCAUCAAUUAAAAGAGAAAGAUUGUAUGCUUUUCCUUCGGCGUCAAUCGUACCAGAGAAACCAAAUACCAUUUCAGUUGAAGCAAAAUUUCUUCAGACAGAAUGCGUCCCUGUUUUUGGGCUGCCAAUCAUGGACCCCACUUUGAAGUCUUAUAUCCAAUACUUGGAAAUUAAUGGUGGAAGAAGCAAAAUUGUAGAAUAUAAUGCAAGUUGCUUGGGAAAUAUCAGGGCUACAUGCAAUGGUCUAAUCUUGCUUGAUAACAAGCUGAAGAAAGGAGGACUAAUAGUAAUGAAUCCUGUGACUAGGAAGUUGAUUGCACUUCCUCUGGGUACUUUAUAUCCUCCUCAUAAAGAAUCUUAUGGCUUUGCAUUAAGCAAUGUUACUGGUGAAUAUAAAGUGGCGCACCUGUUUCGAGAUGAGUUGGGGUUUCUCAGUUGUGAGAUCUUAAUUCUUGGUACAAGAUUAUGGAGAGAGGUGAAUGGACCUUCUUUUGGACUCUUUGGUUGGUUUGGUUACAUGCCUGUUUCAGCAAUUGGAGCUUUGCACUGGGUUCCUCAUAUUGAUCAUAGUGAUUACAUAGUGUCUAUGGAUGUGGACAAGGAAAAGUUUCAUACAGUACCACUCCCAAAAAGUAGUAGAACUCAUGAUCGGAUUGUCGAGACGGGUGGUUUCAUAAGUUUUGUCGCUCAUGGGGAAGCGAACCAAAUCGACAUUUGGAUCUUGAAGGGGUUGGGUGAAUCUUGGACAAAGCAACAUAGUAUCACAAUGGGUUGUGUAUUGGAUAUGGUUCCACUUUUGAGCUUAAGAAUUAAAGGAGAUAUGAUUUUCAAGAGGGACGAAGACCGAUCGUUUUAUGCUUAUGACUUCCAGCUCCAAGUGAUGAGAAAAAUUGAGAUGGAAAAGGAUUUUGUGCCAUUGUCAACUUCACUUCUACCUCAUGUCAAUAGCCUUGUUUCUUGGUGCAGGGAGAGUCGCCAGGAUGUGUGUGAUUGAUCUGUUCCUUCAUUUGGUACAAAAUUAGCAUAGUCAUGCCAUGUACUCAUGCAUAGGUGGUUGGAAUGUAGUCUACCAAUCUAUUGUAGCUAACUUGAUGCAUAUGUUACAUAUAUAUGGUAGUAUCUUUCUUUUGCGCAACUGUUCCUUUCUGCUUAAUUCCAGUACCUUUUCUUUUUCCUCUC